AUGUAUGUUAACAAUUUUAGACUUUCAUCAGAAAUGUUUACAGUUUUUGACGCCCAAUUGUUGAAUAAUAAGAAAUCGAAAUUUAAGAGGCUGAUUGAAAAGUAUUGCAAGAUUUCUAAAACUUCAUCAAGGGGGCAUUCGGGAGCCACAUGCAAGCACUACAGAAACUACAGAGACUUCAAUCGCAAGUAUAAUGGUCGCUAUUUAUAUUGGAAAAGAAAUAUGUAUGUUACUUCAUUCGAUUUACUUUUGAGAGAGAAUUGA